GUCAUCCCCAUCAGCACCGCCAGCUUCUACCAGGCUCAGACAACACAGGGAGCUCACAGCAUGAGGCAGGAAGCUACCAGAACAGAGAACUUCAAAGGGACUCCAGGGCAGGCCUGCCACCCCCACCAAAGUCACCUGCAGCCUGGGCUCUGAGCCUGCUCCUCGCACACCUAUAAAUGCAGCCGACUCCUCGCUCCACUCACACUCAGGCCCCUGCCUCCUCUCCUCCAGUGACUCCAGCCAUGAGGACCCUCGCCCUCCUCGCUGCCCUUCUCCUGCUGGCCCUCCAGGCCCAGGCUGAGCCUCUCCCAGAAAACAAUGAGGAGGCCCCAGACCAGGAGCAGCCAGGGGAAGAGGACCAGGACAUGGCCAUCUCCUUUUCUGAAGCUGAGGCCCCUGGUGUUCAGAGAUCAGCUGCAGGACAGACUGGGAAAUGUCGCUGUGCAAUCUUUGGCUGUACUAUCCCAGGAGAACGCAACGCUGGGAGAUGCAAACGGGGUGGCCUAUUCUACUCAUUAUGCUGCUACUGACCAUAAUGAGCAGAGAAAAACUUGUUACUACAUCCUUGGAAACCUACAGGAAAAAGUCCAAACCCCUCCACUUGUCCUCAAUUUUCUCUAUGUCAAAU